ACUCAUUCCCCUCUCUCUCUUUCCCUCCCUUUCUCAUCGAAAUGCAAAACGCAGAGAAAGAAAAACCUGUUCCAGACCAGGUCAUUCUCGUCAUGGACCAGACAACCCCCAAACCCAAACAAUCUACCGAAUAUACCCUUGACCCCAUCGAUCCAACCACCACAACGACUUGCACCCUCCGACGCCUCAACUUCUCCAAGCCCAAAGCCCGCUUCGUGGAGCUAAACCACCCGAACCCCUUGAAAUCUACCAUACCCGUAUCCGAAGAACUCGAGCCCAACAAGCCCUUCAAUUCCUCCGACUCCGAGUCGGAGGGAGAAGAAGAUAUCUCGAAAGAAGACUACGAGAAGCUCAACGACAGGUACGACAAGAAGAAGCGUAAGAUCGGACGGCGGGCCAUCUUCGAGUUCGUGGCCCUGGUCCUGAUCAUGGUCUGCCUCAUCUGCAGUUUCACGGUGGACCCGAUCAAGGACAAAACCCUCGGGGAUAUCAAGAUCUGGAAAUGGUGCCUGAUCAUCCUCGUCACCUUUUCGGGCCGCCUCGUGUCUGGAUGGCUAGUGGGCCUCACCGUCUUCGUCAUCGAGCGGAAUUUCAUGCUGCGGGAGAAGGUCCUCUACUUCGUGUACGGGCUCCGGAAAAGCGUGCAGAACUGUGUCUGGCUCGGCCUCGUGCUGCUGUCCUGGUUCCUCAUGUUCAACCACGAGAUCAAGGCCAUGAAGAGGCCCAAGCACCACCACCUUCUCGAUAAGGUGUGGCGAGCUCUCAUAGCCGUCAUGAUCGGGGCCAUCAUCUGGCUCAUCAAGAUCCUGCUCGUCAAGGUGCUCGCCUCGUCCUUCCACGUGGCCACUUUCUUCGAUCGGAUGAAGGAGAGCGUAUUCCACCACUACAUCCUCGAGACCCUCUCCGGACCCCCGCUCGAUGACGUGGCGCGCAUGGCGGACUGGGGGACGAGGAUGACGCGGUCGAAGACGCUCCCGGCUCGGCUUUCCAGGAGGAAGGACGGUGGGCUGGGUGCGUCGCGGCGGAUCGAUAUGGAGCGGUUGAAGAGGCUGAGCCGGGACAACGCGUCAGGAUGGAGCCUGAGGAGGCUCGUCAGCCACGUGAUGUCGUCGGGGCUGUCCACGAUCUCGAGGACGGUUGAUCGGACGAUGGAGGAGUUUCGGGAGACGGAGGGGGAGAUCACGAGCGAGUGGGAGGCCCGAAUCUGCGCACAGAGGAUCUUCAAGAACGUGGCCAGGGACGGCGAGAAGUACAUAGAAGAGGAUGAUCUGCUGAGGUUCUUAAAAAAGGAUGAGGUGCACACCAUAUUCCCUCUCUUUGAGGGGGCUAUGGAGACUGGCAAGAUCAAAAAGUCAGCUUUCCGGAAUUGGGUGGUUAGAGCUUACGUUGAGCGAAAAGCUCUGGCACACUCCUUGAAUGACACAAAGACAGCGGUGCAGCAGCUGCAUAAGCUAGCGAGCGCAGUUGUGAGUGUGAUUAUAGUCGUGGUGUCGCUGCUGGUUAUGGGACUCGCCACAACAAAGGUCAUAUUCGUCAUCACGUCCCAAUUGUUGCUUGUUGGAUUCAUGUUUGGCAACACCUGCAAGACCCUCUUCGAAUCCAUCAUCUUCGUCUUCGUCAUGCACCCUUUCGAUGUUGGGGACCGCUGCGUCAUCGAUGGCGUCCAGAUGGUGGUGGAAGAGAUGAAUAUCUUGACGACAACUUUCCUUCGAUUUGACAAUGAGAAGAUUUACUACCCCAAUGCAGUUUUGUUGCUGAAGCCUAUCAGCAAUUUCUACAGGAGUCCGGAAAUGGCCGACAGCAUUGAAUUUGCCAUUGAUGUUUCAACUUCAGUCGAGACAUUUAGUGCCAUGAAGAAAGCUAUUCAAGCAUAUAUAGAGAGCAAGCCCAAGCACUGGCAAUCGAAGCAUUCGGUGGUAGUGAAAGAGAUCCAAGAUGUAAACAAGAUGAAGAUCGGCCUGCACAUCCUUCACACCAUGAAUCAUCAGAACUAUGGGGAGAAGAACAGCCGAAGGUCGGAGUUUGUUUUUGAGCUGAAGCAGAUAUUCGAGAACCUCAGUAUAAAGUACAACCUACUCCCUCAAGAGGUCCAUCUUACCCAAGUAAGCAUGGCCAGCGGGAGGGUGCCCAUGCCAUGAUCAUGUGAAGACCUAGAUGGACCUUGAUGGUAGUUUUCAUGGUAAUGAAAGUAAAAUGAUUUUAGUAUACUAACCGAAAAAGAAA